AGAGCAGGACGCCCAGCAGCGGGCAGAGCGCGCAGCCACGGGCUCCAGCGGCUCCGCUCUGCUGCAUCCCGACAGCUCUCGAGAUGCUGCGCACCUUGUUUACGGCUCCCAGGAACGCCACAGGUUCUCGCUACUAAAACAGCGUUUCACUGAAGAAGCAGAAAUGUCAGGUGAACAAGACAGAAUUGUUAGGUGAACAAGACAAGAAGACAGAUCCUACAGAAGCCUUCAGCAGCGGCCUCAGGGGAGAAAACAGGAUUGCAGACACAUUUGGUUAGAGUUGAUGUCAGAAGAGGGUUUCAUCAGAAUCCUCUUGCUUGUCCUUAUAGGAAGGCUGUGGGGCCCAGCUCUCCUCAGCCAGGUGGAGGCCUGUGCCUUGAACGUUUCCCAGAGAGGUAGAACCCACAGGCCCAGAGGCCUCCCGACACUUCCUGUGUGGGGUUCAGAAACCCGCCUCCCCUCCCAGCCUCUGGUGCCUGCUUCAGAAAAUGAAGUAAUAAACUGACUUAUCUCCGCCAUCUUAGUAGAGAAACGUCCGGUGAGAGGAAGAUGCAGUGGGGCACUCUCUGGAAAGUUCUGGGACUCUGCCUCCUAACAGUUGGUGCACGGGGGCAGGAAGAAAAUGAAGAAACUGGUUCUUUCACAGAGAGACCAUAUAAAGUCUCCAUCUCAGGAACCAUGGUAACAGUGACCUGCCCUCUGGACCCUGGAAAUGAAAUAAAUUGGGAAAGAAACAACCAAGAAUUAAAGGAUCAUAAAAAUCAGGAAGAACUAUUACUGGAUAAUUUUGCAGAAAUGGAAGGCAGUGGCUAUUAUGCUUGCUAUACAGGCAAAAAGGAGGAUAUAAGCCACUAUCUCUACCUGAGAGCAAGAGUGUGUGAGAACUGCAUGGAGGUGGAUGUGAUGGCCGUGGCCACAAUUGUUAUAGUCGACGUCUGCAUCACUCUGGGUUUGAUGAUGCUUGUUUAUUACUGGAGCAAGAAUACAAAGGCUAAGGCCAAACCUGUGACUCGAGGCAUGGGUGCUGGAGGCAGGCCCAGGGGACAAAACAAGGAGAGACCACCUCCUGUUCCUAACCCAGACUACGAGCCCAUCCGGAAAGGCCAGAGGGACUUGUAUUCUGGCUUGAAUCAGAGAGGCAUCUGAUGACAGAGGACCAAGGACACUGCCUCCUGCCAGCCUGGCUCCUCUCCCGGCACCCUGCACCUCCCUGUUCCCUGGGCAAAGCUUAGACCCUGCAAGAGGACUGUUCCUGGGCGGUACGGUGAACUCGUACCCUACAGCCUUGGGCGGUACGGUGAACUCG